UCCAAACUGUCCUUAAAAACAAGAGAGCGUCUUUGGCCGUUACUCUUCUCAUGAAAACCAUCAAACAACAGAGAAAAAAAAGAAAAGAAAAUAAAAGCUCUCUCUCUCUCUCUGAGAAAUCAUGUGUUCGAGCAAGCUCUUGUAAUCAUGUCCCUCUUCAAUCACCCCAUAUAAAUAUCCACCUCCAGGAAGAAAACCCACCUUCAGUAAAUCCAUUAAAUCCGUCUGCUCUUGUAAUCAUGGCCACCUUCACUCACUCCGUAUAAAUAUCCACCUCCAGGAAGAAAACCCAACUUCAGAAAAUCCCUCAAAUCCAUCCAUAUUUUCCAUUCUACCCCUCAGAGAUGGUUGCAAGUUUAUAUGGAUAGAGCCUCUCCUGCUUUGAGAGCUGCAAGAACAGAGCAGGCGUUGAAAUGCAGAGCUUCCGCCAGCUUCAAUCUCUUCUCUUUUCUCGCCAUUUGGGUUUCUAAAUCUGCAAGAGAUUUGUAUGGGAGAACUGGUUUUUCAGAUGGGUCUGGUGUGAGGAGAUUGAUCUGUUUUGGGUUGGUGGGAAAAGGGUCCGGUUGUGGCUGUUCUUGCGGUUUUCUGAGAGGAAGGGAGGUUGAAAUGGAGGGGAUGAUUGAGAAGGAGGGUGGCAUUGGAGAAAUGGGAGAUGGGUUCGAGCCGAAUGGCGGGGAGGCGGGUUUUGCUGCGGAUUCUAUCGAGGAGGAGUGCCAGGAGAGCAGCUCGAGCUCGGGGACAUUGAUGUCGAAUGAGGAGAGGAGCCAGAGCAGUUCGGAGGAAGGGGAGGAGGAGUCAUCAUCAUCGCCGCCAAUGGCGUGGCGGGAAGGGAAGGCGGAGGCGCGGGAUUGCUCAGAGGCCAUUGAGGAGAAUGCCCGGUUGGAGGGUGGGAGAAUCGACAAGCAUGAAUCGAAAAUUUCAGAGAUUGAGAUGAUGAAGGAGAGAUUUUCCAAGCUGUUGCUUGGGGAAGACAUGUCAGGGUGUGGAAAAGGCGUCUGCACGGCGUUGGCAAUUUCGAAUGCAAUUACAAAUCUCUGUGCUACCCUUUUCGGGCAGCUUUGGCGAUUGGAACCUUUACCGCUGGAGAAGAAAUCAAUGUGGCGAAGGGAGAUGGAAUGGCUUCUUUGCGUUAGCGAUCACAUUGUUGAAUUGAUGCCAUCUUGGCAGACCUUUCCAGAUGGAAGCAAGCUUGAGGUCAUGACUUGCAGACCUCGUUCGGAUCUAUACAUUAAUCUCCCGGCAUUGCGUAAACUAGACAACAUGCUUAUUGAAAUAUUAGAUAGUUUUAGCGAAUCGGACUUCUGGUACGUUGAUCAAGGGAUCGUAGCACCAGAUUCCGAUGGUUCAGCCUCUUUCCGUAGACCCCUUCAGCGUCAAGAGGAAAAGUGGUGGCUGCCUGUACCCCGCGUCCCACCUGGCGGUCUUUGUGAGAAGUCGAGGAAGCAUUUGCACCACAAACGUGAAUGCACGAACCAGAUCCUUAAAGCAGCCAUGGCUAUCAACAGCAAUGCUUUAGCUGAAAUGGACAUCCCCGAAUCGUUCUUGGAGACUCUUCCAAAGAAUGGAAGGGCCAGCCUCGGAGAUGUCAUACACCGCUACAUUACGUCAGAUCAAUUCUCCCCCGAGUGCCUUCUUGAUUGCCUCGACCUGUCUUCUGAACACCAAGCACUAGAGAUUGCCAACCGUGUUGAGGCCUCAAUAUUCAUAUGGCGUCGAAGAACAAACACCAAACCGGUCAACAAUGCAAACCGCUCCAACUCAAAAUCGUCGUGGGAGAUGGUCAAAGAGCUCAUGAUGGACGCGGAUAAAAGAGAUUUGCUUGCUGAUAGAGCUGAGAGCCUCUUGCUAUGCUUGAAGCAAAGGUUCCCUGGCCUUUCACAGACAGCACUGGACAUGAGCAAAAUCCAGUACAACAAGGAUGUUGGGAAAUCCAUCCUAGAAAGCUAUUCUAGAGUUUUGGAAAGUAUGGCAUUCAACAUUGUGGCCCGCAUUGAUGAUCUACUCUACGUUGACGACCUGACCAAACAUUCCGAUCAGUUCUCAUCAAUCCCUACAGUCAGUGUAAUCGCCCACAAGAGAGUCUCGAUCCCAUAUUCGGUGCCCGUCUCGAGCACUCCCUACACAACAGCUUUCACCACGCCAAGCUUCUCGCCGGCCCCACUGGUCAGCCCUGCAAGGGUAGAUCGGUCCCCGUUCAUCAACAACAAACCCCACAAUCGUGGGCUCGGUGUAAAGAAAGUCCUGACGGAUUAUUUGGGAGUGGAAACUAAAGGGAAGAAUGAUAGCAAUCCGGUCGAGGCAUCAGAUCCCAUUCGGAGCGCAGUUCCAAAUGCUCCGGCCCCUCGAACUUACACACAGAGUUUGGAGAAUAGGAAAGGAAUUACAAGUCCGCCCAUGCGUGACUGAUUCGUGGAGCCACUCGAGUUCACCGGUACAAUACUAAUUCCUGUUUUUAGUGAGUUGGGUGCAGUUUUUAAUGAAUUCAUCUGCUUUUCAGAAUCCAAUCUUGUUUUGGUUUAGAGCUGAAACUGGUUUUCUAGAAAACCAACUGAACUGUAUGUGUAUAGUUGAGUCAUUCUUUUCAUAUCAUAGAUAGAAUUUAGCAGACGGGAGAUUUGAAAAUGGAUUCUUGUUUCGAUGGCAAAUGGAUUUGGUUUUGACGGUGAA